AUGGAACACUCCACAAUUCUAUUCAUAGCUGCAUUAGGUGUUGCAUUUAUAUUUUUAAGAUGGUUGAUUUCUCCUAUCCCCCAAACCAACGAUUUCAACAUCAAUAUCGAUGAAUCAUCCUCCUCCUCCACAGCCACAACAUCCGGUAGAAACACCAAUACAUCCAGAACAACUCAACGUAGACGCAGAAGAGACGUCACUGAUUCCAUGAUCGAAGUGGUGCAAACUAUAGCACCCUCCUUAACUGUUGAACAAAUUAGAUAUGAUUUGGAAAAUACUGGAUCUGUCGAAGUUACCAUAAAUAGAUUUAUGGAAUUAGGUAGCUUACCUUUUCCACCUGGAUACACUCCUCCUCCAACCAAUCCUACGGCCUCUUCAUCAGGUUCUAGUAGUAAAUCAGGUAUACCUACUAAAAAAUCAGUUAAUUUACUUGAAAAGUAUAAUAUUGAUUUAGAUAGUACUGAUAAUGGAGAAGGUAAGACCCUUUUGCAAAAGAGACGAGAAGAAAUGAUUAUUGGUGCCCGAAAGCGAUUGGAAUCUCAAUUAAGGAAUGAAAUCUAA